AAACUUGAAAUACAGGUAAAUGGAUUUUUAAAAUUGAAUCAGUUCACGGACCUCCUCCUGUUUGUAGUAAAUGAAUGGUCUAGUAUUACUGUAAUGAUCAACAUCAGUCAAAUUAGAAAAAGGCCCAACCCAACCGUGUUAAAAAGCUCCGGCUAGGGGUAGACACUGUACUACCUCGUGCUCACAGUCACAUACGCUACUCGGCUGAAGCAGUUGAAGCUCGGUGUGUAGCUCAGCUCACAGAAGCACACCAAGUAAGCAAACAGCGGCUGGAGGAGGAGGAAGCAGCAACCCAUUUCACCAUUUGAGCCCACAUCCAGUGACCCACUCCGCAGCCUCCACCUGGAGGAGAUCUCAGAGUUUGUGAGGUCCUCCUUCCCCAUGGCGGCCAUUGCCAGGAGCAACAGCAGCAAUGGCCACGGCUACCACCACGAGGCGUCCACCACUUCCUCCUCCUCUUCCUCCACGUCGUUGGCUCGGAGGCGGAGAUCAGUGGAGCAGCAGGUGCCCGGGACACCGGGGCGGCCAUUGAUGUUCCUCACCUCAUCCUCCUCGAGCCCGGCCCACCCCCAGCUCGUCUCCUCGAGGAGGUCGGUACCCUCCAAGUGGGAGGACGCCGAGAAGUGGCUGAGGCAGUCGUCCGACCACCGCGGCCAUCACCAUGGCAAGGCGGCCUCCAGGCAGCACCACAUUGGAGGACCGGCGCUGGCAACGGCGAGGAGGACCUCACUAGACGCCAAUGCGCUUGCUUUGUACACACCACCUGCAGAGGUGCUCCUUAAAGAAAUGCUCUGCUUUACAGACAAGUAUACCGACAAUGUGGAGCCGUCCAAAGAGAGCUUCGUGUUCCGGAGCUCCUACUGCGAGCCGGCCAAGAAUGGCGCUGCGGCGGUGACCUGCGCAGACGACGACCUCCACCGGAGGGACAUCGGCACAGAGAUGACGCCUCUGGGGAGCUCCCCGACCUCACAGUGCCACACGCCGAUCAAAAGCACCUCCCCGGCAAGGCACAACACGCCGACGGGCCGGUCGGGGCCCCUUGUGCCGUACAACACCGGCAGUGGCAUGGACAUCUCGGAGCUGACGGACUGCCAUUUCGCCAAGCUGGACCUGGGCGCGCAGUUCGACUCCAUGCUCAUCCACUGGAGCUCCAAGGAGGAGGAGGAAGAGGAGGUGUCCAAGAGCCUUAGGCACUUCGAGGCCAGCGCCGGCGACGGCGGCAGAGCCUGCGAUAAGCGGGUUGCGGCCGUCACCGAGUGCCGGUGGGAUGAUGAUGAGAGAGCCAAGAGUUGCAUAAGGUAUCAGAGGGAAGAGGCAAAGAUUCAGGCUUGGAUUAACCUGGAGAGUGCCAAAGCUGAAGCUCAAUCCAGAAAGCUAGAGGUGAAGAUUCAAAAGAUGCGGUCGAACCUGGAGGAGAAGCUGAUGAAGAGGAUGACGAGCGUGCACAGGCGCGGCGAGGAGUGGCGGGCGGCGGCGCAGGCGCAGCACCUGCAGCAGCUCCGGCGCGCCACCACGGAGCACCAAGCCCGGAGGGUGAAGACGAUCAGCCACCAUCUCUCCGGGACCGGGAGCAAUGCAUCCUGCGGCUGCUUCCCCUGCAACAGCGACAACAUCAUCAGCGGCAACCUUCUCAACUAGGAUUACAAAGCGUUUACGUUGUUCUACGGAGGUGUCAUAUAGGAGUACUUACAACCCUAAACUUUCCGAUUAACGUUGGAAAUAACCUUGUUUUCUCUAGCAAAAACAACGGCAGACAGUCAUGCACCUGCGGAUUGCAUGGAAUGGCAGACAACCUCAAGCACAGAAGCUCUGCUUUGGUUGGACCAAGAAUUCAUUUGUGAGCA